CAUCUCGUUUUAGGACAUUGGGACUUUAUAAUUGUCCCGUUUGAGGACAGUGGGACUUUAUUAUUGCCUUGUUUGAGGAUAUCUAGUUUUUUCUAUACUUCUCAGGUCCUACUGAUCCCAAAUAGCUAGGAGAAAUUGAGAAAUGCAUACCAAACAAAAAUGUAGGUCUCAGGGGGAUGUAACCUUUUAUAGGUGUCAAAAAUAUGGUGAAGCAAGAUGAGAAAAAAAGGUUUUUUCCCCCCUAAUAUGUAGUGAAGUAGAACUACAGCAGAAAACUUAUAUAUUCAAGUAAAGCACCUGGAAAUUAAACUGAACAGUAGUACUUGAGUAAAUUACUACUGGUAAUAAGUGAUUAGAACAUUAAUUUCCAUGACAGUAUUUGACAUGCAUAUCUGAAUUUAUAUCAUUUUGAAAUCAAAUAUUAUUUAAAUAAGAUUUAUUUUCAACCAAGUCUAAUUAUAUGCAAACAGUACACAUCCAUCCACUUAUCCAGACUUGGAUAGAUAGAUAAUUCACAUUCAUCUAGAACAAAAUUAAUUUAAAAAAAAACACGCAUACUAUAAUAAUAAUAUAUGAAUUAAGUUCAUUAACUGACGAAUUUACAACAAUAUAUUUGUAAUAUAUAAUUUAUAAUAAUAUACCAGAGAUUGAAAGACAUCGUUGAAUGUUUCCGGCUCGAUUAAAAUGUCUUCGCUUUGACAUGUUGGCUCGAUGAUGUCGCGAUAACUUCUCAGUCUGAAUGCAGCGAUGUAAAUAAUCAUUUUCCCAGCAUCACAGUCGGACAAUAAAACAGCCUCAUCGGAAUCAGUCACACUCAGUGUCGCGCACUGUGCUGCGCAUGCGUCAGAGGGUGCCAUGAAGGUAAAGGUGAUCUCCAUCCUGGAGGACAACUACAUGUACCUGGUGAUUGAGGAGCAGAGUAAACAGGCCAUAGCUGUGGACCCUGCUGUACCACACCGGCUGCUAGAAAUAGUGAAGAGAGAGGGCUUGUCUCUGACGGCCAUCCUCACCACACACCAUCACUGGGACCAUGCUCGGGGAAAUGAGGCUCUGCUAAAGGAUGUUCCUGGGCUGAGGGUGUACGGGGGAGACGAUCGUAUCGGGGGUCUGACGGAUAAAGUCACAGACGCCCAGGAACUCAAGUUUAACUCCAUCAAUGUGAGGUGCCUAUUUACUCCCUGCCAUACCUCUGGUCACAUGUGCUACUUUGUUUGGGAGGAUGAGUGCACUGACGCCCCUGCUGUGUUCACAGGAGACACGUUGUUUAUCGGUGGAUGCGGGCGGUUUCUUGAGGGUACGGCAGAACAGAUGCACCACAAUCUCACCCAGGUGCUCGGCUCCCUACCUCAAGACACGAAGGUGUUCUGUGGACACGAAUACACCAUUAAGAACCUGAAGUUUGCCCUGCUGGUGGAGCCAGAGAAUGAAAAGGUUAAAGAGAUGCUGAGCUGGGCCCGGGCCAGAGACGAUGAUGACAAACCCACAGUGCCAUCCACUCUAAUGGAGGAGUUUGAGUACAACCCUUUUCUUCGCCUCUCGGAGGAAGGAGUACAAAAGUUCACUGGGAAGACGGACCCCAUAGAGGUGCUGAGGGUCCUGCGGAAGGAGAAGGAUAAAUUUAAGAAGCCCAAGGAGAGACUUCCUCCUCACGCCAUGUUGGCUCUGGAGUGGGGGCUUCUCAGGCCGUGAGAUCCGAACAUGCGACAUACUCGGCUAUCAAGGACGAGUAGAUUGAACGCCUGAAUGCAGCAAGACACAACACUGUAGAGUGUGCUGUUUGUUGCGUUAGUUAACACUGAAUUUAUACUGCUGGGAGCCUGGUCGGCCCUGUGUGUUUUGUUUUAGUAAUUAAAAACAAUGUCUGCACAAAAAGGCCAGAGUAAAGCUGCUUUCGUUUAAUACUCCUACAAGCUAUAUUAAUGAAUUAAGGGGCUGGUCUCCCAGUCUGUUAUGCACACACAAACUGCAGCAGGUAACGUCAGCUCCUAUCAAUUUCCAUUGAUUUUAAUGUGUUUUUUUUUGUGUAUUUAUUGUUUUAAUUAAUGGUGUGGGGAUAAAAAUAACCUUUCUUUAUAACUUAUUUGUAUUGGAAUAUUUCCUUUAUCCGCUUUUGAUCUCUUUAUUGAUGUCUCUGGGUAGUUUUCUGUCUGGUAACCUUGUGACUGCCACUACAUUUUAUUAACUACCUUCACUUUGGACAUACUGUAUAUAUUCUGUACGAUUUCUCUCUUCCUUACUUAAGCAGUUUGACUUGACACAAUUGAUUUACUGUAAAAUACAAUAUAAGUAUAUGUGUGUAUAAUUUAGGCUUCACCUUACACAGAGCAUUUUGAAACUGGAGUCUGAUAUUUUGCACUCAUAAAUUGUACAAUGGUAAAAGAAACAUGCAGUGUACAACACUAUGAAUGUAAAUUGCUGCUUUUCGUCCCAAAGUGAGUAAAACUUCACUUUGCGAGAACCUAUAAUUGUACAUCAGUCAACAUUAUUCAAUAAAAGAU